CAGUCCUCGAGCGCCCUUGUUUACGUCCGGCAGUUCUCGAAGACUACCGGUAACACAAGCGUGCGGAACUUUAGAGAUACUCCUCCCUCUCGUAACGAUGUCAUCAGGGUGCCUGUUUAGGUUUUUCUUUCGAACGGAAAUGAACCAGAAUACAUGAGUACAAGAAAGAGAUCGCAGGUCCAUACGCGUACACCCGAGGUGCCAACAGCAGUCAACGCAGCCAUCAGCAAUGUCCAAGGAGCUUAUUCAAUCAGCCGAGCAAGUGUUUCCACAUGAAGCGACGGACCUGGAAGCUUGUCGCCAGCCCCGGCGUCAUUCUUACGUACAAGAAUCGUGCAGCUCUCAGUACCAAUAUCAACAGCAGCGGCUGCAUCAUCCACAAAAAUCACAAGCAUUCGAAUUACCACCGAAUCAAGAAGGGCCAUCAUCUUCCCACGAUGUUCCCCAAGAGUGUGGACCUCAUCAGCAAACACAGAAAUCAAUACCAUCAUCGCGAGCUGACGAACCGGAACACGACUCCGGGCUGUGUGGGACCAUCCUGACCGCCAUCUCCUGGGUCCUCGUCGUCCUCACGCUGCCCUUCUCUCUCUUCGUCUGCUUCAAGGUUGUCCAAGAAUAUGAACGAGCAGUAAUAUUCCGCCUUGGGAGACUGAUGUCUGGAGGUGCCAAAGGACCAGGAAUCUUCUUUAUCUUACCCUGCAUUGAUUGCUAUGCUAGAGUGGACUUGAGAACUCGAACAUAUGAUGUUCCUCCACAAGAGGUUCUUACAAAGGACAGUGUGACAGUGUCAGUGGAUGCUGUGGUGUAUUAUCGUGUCUCAAAUGCAACUAUUUCUGUUGCCAAUGUGGAGAAUGCUCAUCAUUCAACACGACUGCUGGCACAAACCACUUUGCGAAAUACACUUGGCACACGGCCACUCCAUGAAAUUCUCAGUGACAGGGAUACAAUAUCAAGUCAAAUGCAACUGACGCUCGAUGAUGCUACUGAAGCCUGGGGAAUCAAAGUUGAGAGAGUCGAGAUAAAGGAUGUGAGACUUCCUGUGCAGUUGCAGAGAGCAAUGGCUGCUGAGGCUGAAGCAGCCCGAGAAGCAAGAGCAAAGGUAAUUGCAGCUGAAGGUGAACAAAAGGCUUCAAGAGCCUUACGUGAAGCAUCUGAAGUUAUUGGAGACUCUCCUGCUGCUCUCCAGCUCCGGUAUUUGCAGACUUUGAAUACAAUUUCUGCUGAGAAGAAUUCUACAAUUGUUUUCCCACUGCCUAUUGACUUUUUGACAUAUUUCAUAAAAGCAUCUGAAAUGCAAAAUGCUGCGAAACAAUGAAGAUCACACCAUCUGAGAUACAAUAUUUUUUCAUUGCUUCAAUGAAAUAUACUUUCCCAUUUAUGUACAACAUGAAUGUUGUAAGUGUCGAUUUUUAUAAUCAUAGAAAGGGCCAGAGUAUGUCUCUAUACUUUCUGUAAACAGUGUUUGUUACCCCUGGUACUGCUGUCAAGAAACUAACAUAUAAACAAUGCAAUUUACAUAGGCUGUGUUACAUUUUCCCAUAUCAGUAAUAUAGGGUCAAUUUGUAUAUGUUUUAAUUCACUGGUUAGCUUUCCUUUUCAUUUCUAAGAUUCUAAAAGAAUAACCAUGCUACAAAUAACUGAAAACUUUAUACAAAUGCAUGGAAGAUAUAAUGCAAAAAUGGAAGACUGACAACCAUUUAUAAAUAGAAUAUUGGUACAAAUAAUAGCCUUUAGGAAUAUUUUCUGAAUCAUUGACAAUUGGUGCAAUCACUAUAACCCUUAAGAAUCAGCUCAGUUUUGUUUACAAGCCAUUAAGAUUUAAAGAUAACCUGAUUAUUACUGUAGCAUAGUAAUAAUAUUUUUUACUUAUCCAUAGAAUAAUUCAGUUUUACAUACAUGAGAAAAUGCUACAAUUUAUGUAGAAAGUGACUGACAGGAAGGAUCCAGGGAAUCAAUCAAUUAAGGUCUAAGUACUGUGCACAUUAAUAUUAGAAUAAGAAUUUGUUUUCUUAAUUAAAGAUAAUGGAAGAUAUUAUAAAUUUGAAACUGUGAUAUUAUAUUGAUUGAAACCAAAACAAAUUAUGUUUCCCACAGGAAAUAACUUAUUGACACUUUAAUCACAAAUAUAAAAUGUUUUUUCUCCAUUGCAUAUGCCCAUCUGAAUUCAUUAUAAUCAUAUUACCAGUACUGUAUUUUUUAUUUGAUCAUCGAUUUCUCACAAGACAUUCUAAUUUAUGUUUACUCUCUUUAACACUGUUCACGUUGCACUGCGUAGUUCGAUUUUGUUUGCUAAAAUAAUGAAACUAUGAUCACAAUAUAACAUGUUGUAUGUGAAUCCAUAUCUCUGAAAUAUACAGUCCAGUUGUAUUGUAAUACAAUAUGUCAAAAUAGCAUGUAUGUGGCUCAGUUUGCAACAAACUUAUUUCUGCUGUCCUGCUAUAUUUGGAUUUAUUGAAAAAUACUGUAGCUACAAACACAUUCAUGCCUGAAAGUAUAUUCAGAUGAACAUGGAUCUUGAGACAAAAUGUAGAAAGUGAUAGUAUGAAAAUAAUCUUGAUGGUUUUAGAUAAAUUUGUAGUUGUAAGAACCAGAGAAUCUAAUAAAUUAUAUCUGUGUGUGUGUUCA